AUGAAUUGCCCAAGCCGUCCAGAUCAGAUCGAUGUCGAUAAGCACCCGGGUUGGAACCAAAGUCCCCAUGAAAUGAAUUCUGACGCUACCACUAGGGCAGAUCUCAAUGGUGUGGUUAAUCAACGAGCGCGGAGAGAGCACGAAAGCUCGAUACAUCUCGAUUCCAAGUGUACUGCUCCAUUAGUACUGGGCAUUCAGGAUAACACCAGGGACGGUGGCCCGAGCACCGCAGCGAAUACUUGUGACGGCGACCGGAACAAAGCCGUUGAAUUCGAGACUGAGAUCUCGACCUGUACACAGACGGACGGUACCGCAGGAGCUAGGGCCCCCCAGCCACGGCCAUGGCAUUCCAAGACUCUGGAUGUCAUGUUCAAGUAUGCCAAAUUCGUGGGCCCAGGUUUCAUCAUUUCUGUGGCUUACAUCGACCCUGGCAACUACGCGACUGAUGUUCAAGCCGGGGCAGAAACACGCUACCGCCAUCUGUUCAUAAUCCUCUUGUCUAACCUCAUCGCUAUCUUCUUGCAGUCCUUGUGCAUCAGGCUUGGUAGUGUAACCGGGCUGAACUUGGCCGAGAACUGUCGAAAGCACUUACCUCGAUACGUGGUCUACUUCCUCUGGAUCAUUGCAGAAGCUGCGAUCGUUGCGACCGAUGUCGCUGAAGUCCUUGGCACGGCAAUAUCACUCAACUUACUGUUCCACAUUCCGCUGGUGGCUGGCUGCGCCAUUAGCUUGGUCGACGUGUUCAUACUUUUAGCCUUCUACAAUCCAGAGGACGGGUCAAUUAGAAGGCUCCGCUUCUUCGAAUACUUCGUUUCAGCACUCGUACUGGGCGUUUUUAUCUGCUUCUGCAUUCAGCUGACGUAUAUCCGCCAUACAUCAGCCAGAGAAGUGUUUCUGGGGUUUGUCCCUUCAUCGGCUGUCAUAGACGGGAAUGGUGUCUACCUUUCUUGUGGUAUCAUAGGAGCCACGGUAAUGCCACACGCAAUUUUCCUCGGCUCUGGUAUUGUUCAGCCACGACUCAAACUAUUCGACGAACAUUACGACGCUUCCACACCUCCGGCGUACACGGAAACGCAGGAUCUUAAGGACAAAUAUCGACCUUCAAUCCAAGCCAUCCGAUCAUGUCUCACGUACUCGAUUGUCGAGCUUGUCACAGCCCUCUUUACUUUUGCUCUGUUUGUCAACAGCGCCAUACUUAUCGUCGCAGGUGCCUCGCUGUACGGCAAUAACGAUGCGGCCAACGCUGACCUCUUUGGAAUCCACGCGCUGUUAGACCAGACAUUAGGGAAAGUUGCCGGUGUCAUCUUCGCCCUCGCUCUUCUCAUGUCCGGCACUUCUGCGGGGAUUGUCUGCACGAUGGCAGGCCAAAUGGUCUCGGAAGGCAUGCUGCAGUGGCAGACCAGACCAUGGGUGCGCAGGCUGGUCACUCGAUCGAUCAGUAUCAUCCCCAGUAUCGUUGUCGCCGCAGCCGUUGGCAAAAAGGGCGUGAGCGAGGCACUGAACAAUAGUCAGAUUGCGCUGAGCGUUGCGCUGCCGUUCGUGUCAGCGCCGCUGAUCUGGUUCACCUGCAAGUCUAGCAUCAUGACAGUGACCUCGGAUGCCGAUGGCAACAGGGUCGACGAGGGCAUCAGUGUCAAUAUGCGGAACAGCUGGUGGGUGGCGGUCUUGGGUGUUCUCGUCUGGCUGCUUCUGGUGGUACUGAACGUGGCACUAAUUGUCCUUGCUGGCCUCGAUGGCCUGAGAACUUAUGGUGACGACGAAGAUCAUGAUCGCGAGCCUCCGUGGACUACCAAGCGAGUUUUGGCCUUAGUUGCCCAGGCUUUCCUGUGGACUGGUUCUCAGAUCCCUGUCUAUCUUCUCGGCGGCAUCACGCCCUAUAUUUACAGCGACAUCGGCGGAGUAGACCGAUGGACCUGGCUUGUCCUUGCCUAUCUCUUAACCCUCGCCUCCAUUUGCCCUUUUGUGGGCUCCCUAUCUGACUUGAUUGGACGUCGCUAUGUCUCCCUCUUGGGCUCUGUCCUCCUGAUUGUUGCCAUGAUCAUUGCCGGCACGGCUAAAGACAUGGACACUUUUAUCGCUGGGAUGGGAAUUUCUGGUGUGGGCGCCGGCAUAUGCGAACUCAACUCCCUUGCGGUCACAUCAGAAUUGGCACCAACACGCAAGCGGGGAGUUUACGUUGCCAUCCUCGUCUUCACCAUAGUGCCCUUCUGUCCCUCCGUUCUCUAUGGUCAGUUGAUCGCCUAUCACGGUACCUGGAGAUACUGCGCCCUCCUAUCAGGCAUCUGGGCCGCCAUCGGCUUCUUCGGCACCCUAUUUUUCUAUUUCCCUCCUCCACGUCCUAAUUCUCGAGGACUUACGAAGAAGGAAAUGAUCGGCGAAAUCGAUUUUGUUGGAGGCUUUCUCAGUAUAUCUGGCUUGGUCCUGUUCCUCGCUGGUUUGCAAUGGGGUGGUUACCAAUACAAAUGGUCCUCCGCUCACGCCCUGGUCCCACUGAUUCUAGGUGCAUUUUUGGUCUUCGUGGCCUUCCCCAUCUGGGAAAUCAAAUUUGCCGAGUUUCGCAUGUUUCCUUCUCGGAUGAAGUAG